AUGGACUUUCUUCAGCGCCUCGCGCAAAUCCUCGACCGCCCGCUCUUCCCCUGGAAGAAGCUCCUCCUCGGCUUCUCCGUCGGCCAGUACAUUUUCGAAUCGUUCCUCACCUUUCGCCAGUACCGCAUCCUGCAGGCGACCAAGCCCCCCGCCGUGCUCGCCAAGGAGAUUCCGCAGGACACGUUUGACAAGUCGCAGGCCUACGGCCGCGCCAAGGCCCAGUUCGGCCUCGUCAGCGGCCUCUGGGUGCAGAUUCAAAACUUUGCCUUUAUCCAUUUUGAUGCUCUCCCCAAGCUCUGGUCGCUGACGGGCGACUGGCUGCUGCGCUUCGCGCCCGCCCGCUUCUCGGGCGAAAUCAGCCACUCCAUCGUCUUUGUCCUCACCUUUAUCCUCGUCCAGCAGCUGCUCGGCCUUCCGGCCAAGCUCUACAGCACCUUUGUCCUCGAAGAACAAUUUGGCUUCAACAAGCAGACCCCCGCGCUCUUUGUCACCGACAUGAUCAAGUCCAACCUCAUCCUCGCCGUCGUCGUCCCGCCCAUCCUGGCCGGCUUCCUCAAGAUUAUCCAAAAGACGGGCACUGGCUUCGUAUUUUAUCUCUGGGUCUUUGCUGCCGGUAUCCAGCUCUUCGCCAUCACCGCCUACCCAAUCUUUAUUCAGCCCCUCUUCAACAAGCUUUCCCCGCUCGAGGACGGCGAGCUCAAGACCAAAGUCAACGCCCUCGCCGACAAGUUCAAGUUUCCCCUCUCGGAGCUCUAUGUCAUUGACGGCAGCAAGCGCAGCGCCCACUCCAACGCCUUCUUCUACGGCCUUCCCUGGAAGAAGCACAUUGUCAUCUACGACACCCUGCUCGAGAAGAGUGAGACGGACGAGGUGCUUGCCAUUCUCGCCCACGAGCUUGGCCACUGGAAGCUCGGCCACACUACCCGUCUCUUUGGAAUCUCUCAGAUCAAUCUGCUGUACAUUUUCAGUCUCUUCUCCGUCUUCAUCAACAACAAGUCUCUCUACUCCGCCUUUGGCUUCUACAACAUCCAUCCCAUUGUCAUUGGCUUCAUCCUCUUUUCCGAUGCCCUCUCCCCCAUGGACACAGUCCUCCAGCUCGCCCUCAACAUGCUCUCCCGCAAGUUUGAGUUUGAAGCUGAUGACUUUGCCUUUGGCCUCGGCUUCAAGUCAGAGCUGUCCACCGCUCUCAUCAAACUCCACAAGCAGAACCUCAGCACCAUGGACGCCGACUGGAUGUAUGCCAGCUACCACUACUCACACCCCCACCUGUCGGAGCGCCUCAAGGCCCUCGGCUGGGAGAGCGACCACAAGGUUGUCGUCGAGGACAAGGAGGAGGUUGUCAAGGCCUCUGGCCGUGAGGAGCUGUAA